GAUACUUUUUCAAUGACGUGCGUUUACGGACUUUACGGUGGACUGUUCUUUCUUUUCAAUUUUGUGUUGUAAAAUAAAUAAAGACCUGUUUGUGGUAAAAACAGGUGAUUAAAUUGACAAACAUUUAAAUUGUUAAUUAAAUUCUACACAAUGGCUGUAGAAAAACCAAAAAUGCUCAGCACAGCAACUGUCCCAAAAAGAUCGCGCACAGAGAUGAAUGUUCGCUUGUUGUUAAAUAAAUGCGAAUUGAUUGCUAAACAAGAGCCUGUCGAGGGAAAUUGGAGACUGAAAAAGUAUGUGGAGUCCUUGAUGGAAAUGAUAACUGAGUUGAAAACUGGUCCUGACAAGCCAGCCAAAGAUGUUCUGGCUGCCUAUACAAAAAGGGCUACUUUCUUAAAUGGUUUGGUACAAACUGCAUCACUGGAGAGUCCAAUUGAAAAGCUAGAAGCAGUGCAGCAGUUGUCACAUGGUGCUGCCACCACAUGUACAGAUUCAGCAGCUCAAGAGAUACAUCAGAAGACCGUGGUCAAGUAUGGUGUGGAACUGCGCACGGAAUUAUUUGGACUUGAUGACACAGAUGAGGCUCUCCGCAAACGUAACAUAAUAAAAGCCCCUAAUUUCACUAGCAGUGGUGGUGGCCAAGAGGAAAUUGACUCCUUGCUCAAAUACCACCAGAAUAUGCAGGAGAAAGUAGCUGAGAACAUGGUCAUGCUAACAAAGAGUUUGAAGGAACAGUCGCAAAUUGCCAGCACUAUUAUAAAGGCAGAUACUGAGGCAUUGAAGAAAUCAUCAGACCUAACUGAACGGAAUCUGACAUCAUUGACCAAAGAGUCUACCCGGCUUCAGGAGCACAGCAGGAGCGCAUGGAAGUGCUGGCUGUGGCUCAUGCUUGCUGUCGUUAUGGCUAUAUUUAUAAAUAUGGUCCUGUUUAUGAAAGUAAUGAAAAAGAGAAAAUAUGAAGAAUAAGUAAGUAUUCCAAAUAGUUUUACGGAUAUUGAGAUGAAUUUAAUAUUUAUAAUGUAUUUAGAUGUAAGAUGCUUAACUGUGCAAUAAAUGUUAAAAAUCUAUAA